CGAUACCAGAUCUGAAUAGUAGGUUCCUGGGUAGUCUUGCUUUGAUAAUGGCAUCGACGGGAGACUUUCCCGAUGUCAGCUUGAGGAAGUUGGAAGAAGGAGCAGGAGCGGCUGAGUCGAAACCGAAAGAAGAUACCGAUAAGGGGACUGAACCUUCUGUUCAGCCAAAUGGUGGAGAUAAAUACUCGCUAGAACCCGACGAAGAGUCUCCAUAUGCACAGCAUUGCCAAGGAAAUGCAAAGAUAUGGAGCAAAUACUUGAGAGAGACAGACGCUGAAGAUAAGGAAGUUACCGCCAUAGGGAAUAGCAGUCUAGACUCGAUGCUUACAUUUGCUGGUUUGUUCGCAAGUGUCUUAGCUGCGUUCCUGCUGGAAAGCCGCAAAGACUUGAAAGAGGACCCUCAAGAACGACUCUUGACAGAACUUCUCGAUGCAUUUCGCGGCGUUUCACCAACAUCACCACGAGAAACAUUUCACCCGACAGCCUCCGCUGUCGCUGUGAACUCGCUUUGGUUCUCCAGCCUGACAUUGACGCUACUGAGCGCUCUUUCCGGAGUACUCGCAAAAGGAUGGCUUGCACAAUAUAAUCCUGCAUCAAAACGGGAGCGCUCAGAAGAUGCAUACAAACGUCAGCACCGAUCUAACAGAGCAGAAGCCUGGGGAUUGGAUACAGUCAUCUCCCUCAUCCCAUUCCUCAUUCAAAUAUCACUAUUUCUGUUCUUCGCAGGACUUUUGAUUCAGGUUCAAAGCGAUGAUCUCCGGAUUCGACUUGUCCUCCUCUUAUUGGUUCUCAUCGCGGCGACUUUGUACCUAUUCUCGACAUUUUCACCAUUAUUCAUCACCGAAUUCCCAUUCUCGACUCCACUUUCUCACUAUCUAGCGGCGUUGGCUCGGUACAGAAAGCACGAUUGGGACUGGAAUGUUUUAUUCGAGGCAUUCCAACGUACGAAGGAGCGCCUGUUACGGGCAUAUAAUCCGACGGACCUUCAAUUAGAAAUAUUGACUUGGGGAGUCGCCAAUGCGGUAGAUGAGGAAACGACGGACGAGGCGAUCAAGGCUCUAUCUGGUGUGAAGCAAAGCAUAGAACUGCGAGAAAAGUUAUAUAAUCAGACUAUGCACCGAUAUAUUUUCGAAAGACUACAGCAAAAUAUUCGACCAACGAGGGGAUCAUCGCUCAUAAUUAACAACUCUUCUCAACUGGAAGCGAUCCUACUCGCUCUACUGAAAAUAGAAGAGCCGAUGACUUUGUCUGAUCAACAAGUCUUCAAUACAUCUAUCCCACAAGAGAUAGUUAUGUCGUUAUCAGAUUGGGAAGGAUUCCAACCAUGUCUACAACCGUUGGCAUUCACCGUUCGUACACAUAUGCUCCUCAACAGAGGAUGGGACGAUCACAGCAAUCUGUGGCUUCAAAGGACCGACGCCUUGGAUCGAAUGGCACAAAAUCCAUCAACAAUCUAUAUCAGAAGAAAGCUGCUGUUUGCAACGUUACGUGGAUUAUUGAACGGCGAAGAAUAUACACGCGGACAAUGCGGAAUUGUUCUCUCUCGACUUUUAAUGACUCGUGAGAGUAUAUUGAUUUCGAGAUUCGUUCUCACUGAUGACAAUAUAGUAAGCAGCUUUGAUGAAGUCGUCAGGAUUUUGGAGAGUCCACCAGAGGGGUCCUUGACAUGGCGUGGUUCACAAUACGAUGAGGGGCUAUCGGAAAGCAUCAUUCGCCUAAUUUCGUGUGAUGAUCGGUCUAGCAGGGACAUAGGGAUAAGAAUGGCACUACAACUAGCGUCACAUGUAUCAGACUUCUGGGCAAAUUGGGACGAUGCGGUUAGUAUGCAGAGUACGAAGAUACAUGAGUUGAUCGAAGUGGCAGGAGGAAUGCUACUCUCCGUCGAGAAAAGGGUUCCACAACUCUUAGACAUGCUCAAAGAUUCGAACUGGGAGAUUCGCGAGACGGCUGUGACAGCGAUUGGGCAGUUGGGCCAGCAAGUCACAGAAACGCUUCGAAACACGGUAAAAGAUGCGAUACCUCAGCUGGUGGACUUGUUGAAGGACUCGGAUUGGUCUGUUCGCUACAGAGCUAGGGAAGUGAUUGAGCAGCUCAUCGUUAAGGAUGCAUUUCCUCAACUCGUGGACAUGUUAAAGCACCCAGACUCUAACAUUCGUAGCGUAGCCUUAGAGACGAUUGGGAAGCUGGCUCAGUACGAGUUAGUUCGAGACAUGAUCAAGGAUGCAAUUCCUCAACUCAUGGACAUGUUCAAGGAUUCAGGCUGGGCUGUUCGCAGGGAAGCUGCGAGAGUGACUGAACGGCUGGUUCGACAUGUUAAAGAUGCGAUACCUCAACUCGUGGACAUGUUCAAAGAUUCAGAUUAUGAUGUUCGUGAAGCAUCUGUGGUGGCCAUUGGGGUCCUGGCUCGAUAUGGUGGAGCCGUAGAGUCACUACGAUACAUGGUCAAAGAUAUGAUACCUCAGCUUGUGGACAUGUUCAAUGACGUAGAGUAUGAAGUUCGUCGAGCAGCUGUGAACUCGAUUGGGCAACUGGCUGGACACGACAGAGCUACAGAAUUACUUCAAGGCAUGGUCAAGGACGCAAUUCCUCAAUUAGUGAACAUGCUCAAGGACUUGCAGUCAGCUGUUCGUGAGGCAGCUGUGACGGUGAUCGGGCAGCUUGUUCAGUACGGCGUAGAUUCACUUCGAGACAGACUCAAGGAUGUGAUACCUCAGCUCAUCGACAUGUUCAAAGAUUCAGAAGCGUCUGUUCGUAAGGCAGCCGUGACGACGUAUGGACAGCUAGCUCGACAAGCGUCUCUUCAAGACGUGGUCAAAGUUAUGGUUCCUCGAUUAAUGGACCUUCUCAAAGACCCAGACCGUGAUGUUCGUCUCUCUACUAUAACCACGGCUCAAGGAAUAGACCCAUAUGAUACCACCUGGGAUCCAUUACCAGUCUCUGUAUCUGAUAGCCCUCGUUCGAGGUACCUCCCAAUCUCAAGAUCUCUUAUGAUUCGGGGAGCCAGCGAAAUUCCCGAAAACAGGGCCAUUGAAAAAUGGUACAAUAGCUGUCAAUUACUGGUAGCCUUGACUUAUUUCUGGAGGCGUUGUGAACAUUCAUUUGAAUCGACGAUCAAUGCGAUAGCAAAAGAGUUUGCCCCCACCGGAAUAGAUGAACUCAGUGUAGAUACGGGGAGAAUAACGACAAUAAUCGUUAUGAAAUGGAUCAAGGAAUCAGGAAAUAGCCUAGAAAGUAAGGAGAACGAAGAGGUUGGCCAGGAGUCCGAUUCAGUGGCAAGGUUAUUCGAAGGCUCUCCCGUAGAGGAAAGCUGUCAACCCAUGGUCAAGGGCAUAGUUCCUCAUAUUAUGGGGAUGUUCAAGUACUGGAUCACCGAUGUUAACUUGGCCGCUGUAACGGCAAUUGGGCAGCUAGCCCAGCAUGGUCGAACCGCAGAAUCACUUCGGGACGUGGUCAAGGAUACAAUUCUUCAACUCAUGGACAAGUUGAAGGACUCGGAGGGAGCUAGUCGUAUUGCAGUCAUAGAAGCGACUCGACGGCUUGCCCAGUAUGGUGGGGAUGCGAUACCUCAGCUUAUAGCUACGUUCAGGGACUCAGAGUUGUAUGCUCGUAGAGCUGCCGUAACAGCGAUUGGUGAGCUGGCCCAGCAAGUCAAGGGUGUAAUUCCUCAGCUCGUAGACAUGUCCAAGGAUCCACAGUGGUUUAUUCGUGAGGCAGCUGUGAUGACGAUUGGACAGUUGGCUCAGCAAGCUGCAGAGUCACUUCAAGAUGCAAUCAAGGAAACGAUUCCUCAACUUGCGGAUAUGCUCAAGGACAUAAGCUCUGGUGUUCGUAAGGCAUUUAUCGAGGCGAUUGAGCAGCUGGCCCAACAGGUCAAGGGUACAAUCCCCCAGAUUGUGGACGCGUUCAAGGACUUGGAGGAGUCUGUUCGCCGAGCAGCUGUAAUAGCGAUUGGGCAACUCGCUCAGUAUGACCUGCUCCAAGAUACCAUCAAGGAUGCAAUCCCCCAGCUAGUGGACAUGUUCAAAGAUUCAUAUCAGUUUGUUCAUGGGGGACUCGUGUCAGUGCUUGGGCAACUGGCUCAGCAAGUGAAGGAUUCGAUUCCUAAAUUCGGGGAUAUGUUCAAAGACCCCGGUCCUGAUAUUCGUCAGAUAGCUGUGGUGGCAAUUAGGGAGCUAGUUCAAUAUGGUAAGCGACUGGUAUCGGACUGUUCGGGAGUUACUGACGCAGAAUCGUAG